GGGAAGGGAAGGGAAGGGAAGGGGGGCGAGGCGAAGCGCGGCCCGCCCCGCUGCCUCCUCCCGCUCCCACGGCGCGUGAUGUCACGGCCGUUUCUAUAGAAAUUAGGUGACAUCACGAGCCGGGGGGCUGCGACCCGCCACGACAGGAGCGGGCCGGCUCCCCGGGGAGGCGUGGCGGCACCGAGCCAGCCCCGGGGGUGGCAGGGGCCAGGGUGUGACCCCUCCCCCUCCCCGUCCCCUCCAACCCCCAGCCGCGCACCUGCCGGAGCCCGGGCGGGACCCCCCUUCCCGGGCCGGCGUCGAUGCUGAGCGGGCCGGGGGCACUGCCCGCUUCGCCCGCACCAUGGACGGCUUCUACGACCAGCAGGUUCCCUUCAUGGGCCCCGGGAAGUCCUGCACAGAGGAGGGCCGAGGCCGGCCGGGGUCCGAUAGGAAAAGGAAAUUUUUGGAGACUGACCUGGCCCAUGACUCGGAAGAGCUCUUCCAGGAUCUCAGCCAGCUCCAAGAGGCCUGGCUAGCUGAAGCUCAGGUCCCCGAUGACGAACAGUUUGUCCCAGAUUUCCAGUCUGACAACUUGGUCCUGCACGCCCCACCUCCGGCCAAGAUCAAGCGGGAGCUGCCCAGCCCAUCCUCGGAGCUGUCCUCCUGCAGCCACGAGCAGGCUCUCUGCGCCGGCUAUGGGGACAAGUGCCUCUACAACUGCUGUGCCUACGACAGGAAACCCCCCGCCGGGUUCAAGCCAUUAACGCCGCCCGCCACGCCGGUGUCCCCCGCGCAGCCCGGGCCGGCGCUGCCCCCGCCGCCCCCGCCGGGCCCCGCCGGGCCAGCGGCCGCUCACGGGGCCGCCCCGGCCCCCCAGGCACUGCAGGAGCAGCGGCAGCAGCCGCCCUUCGCCGUGCCGAGGCCGCCGCACCCGCCCAUCCACAUGCCAAAGAUGAUGUCUGAGAACCAAUUCCCCGCAGAGCACAGGUUUCAGAGGCAGCUGUCGGAGCCAUGCCACCCCUUCCCGCCGCAGGCCGGGGUCCCCGGGGACGGCCGCCCCCUCUACCACCGGCAGCUGUCGGAGCCCCUGGGCCCUGCUGCCCCCCGCCCCCCUCAGGGAUUCAAGCAGGAGUACCACGACCCUCUCUACGAGCACGGCGGCCCUGGCCUGCCCGGGCCCCCUGGGCACAGCUUCCAGCCCCCCAUGGGCAUCAAGCAGGAGCCCCGGGACUACUGCAUUGACUCAGAAGUGCCUAACUGCCAGUCCUCGUACCUACGGGGGAAUGUCUUCCCCAACAGCCAUGACGGAUUUUCAUACGAAAAGGACACACGAUUGUAUUUUGAUGACACAUGCGUGGUACCCGAGAGGCUGGAGGGUAAAGUGAAGCAGGAGCCCACCCUGUACCGUGAGGGCCCUCCCUACCAGCGGCGUGGCUCCCUGCAGCUCUGGCAGUUCCUGGUCACCCUCCUGGAUGACCCUGCCAACGCCCACUUCAUCGCCUGGACCGGCCGGGGCAUGGAGUUCAAGCUGAUCGAGCCUGAGGAGGUAGCACGGCGCUGGGGCAUCCAGAAGAACCGACCAGCCAUGAACUACGACAAGCUCAGCCGCUCCCUGCGCUACUACUACGAGAAGGGCAUCAUGCAGAAGGUUGCCGGCGAGCGGUACGUCUAUAAAUUCGUCUGUGACCCCGACGCCCUCUUUUCCAUGGCCUAUCCCGACAACCAGCGCCCUUUCCUGAAGACAGAGCCGGACUGCCCGGUGCCAGAGGAGGAGACGGUGCCCCUGACACACUUUGAGGACAGCCCUGCGUUCCUCCUGGAGAUGGAUCCCUGCGGCAGCCUUCCCUACGCGGAGGGCUUCGCCUACUGACUCGGCCGGCUGGCAGAGCCAUUGGCACUAGCGCAUGCACCUGGGGCAAACGCGGUUUUCUAAAGAAUAUUUUUGGCUGUCCAUAAGAGGGAAAAAAAAAACAAAACCAAACCCCAACGACAAAACAGCAUGGGUGCACACACAAAUUCGAGGAAUUUAAAACGCCCCACGUGUGUCGCCGCCGAAUUCCCACCCUUCCUUUCCAAGGGCUAGUGCACAGGACUGCCCGUGGCUGGCACCUCCUGCCGUGCAUCAGUGUGAUGUCUUGGGGCGCCGGGAGCCUAAAGUUGCAGUCUCUUCUUCCCCAGGCCCUGGCUCUGGCCGUGCCCCAGGGCUGGGCUGCGUGGCUGCCGAGCCAAUUGUCACGACAAUCUGCUUUGCAUCGAGCACAAUCCGCGUAGCUGCCUUGUGUGGUGGAAAGGGCUUUGAUUUGCACAGAGAGGAGGGAUGCGGGGGGGCCGCCCGGGCCAGCGCCCCGGGGCUGAUGUGCGCAGCAUCCUACCCCAACCCCGAGGAGCCUUCUGCCUUCUUCCUGAGCCCCCUCCCCAUAUAACCUCCUGUUGUUCCCAUAGAACCUCCUGCAUCCUCUCCGUGCCCUUGAUCCUCCCCAGCUCUGGCUGUGGGCCAUGGGUUGCAUUUUGGGGGAGGAGACCCUGACACUAACUUCCUCUUUGGUUGUUUUUGGUUUUUUUUUCGGGAUGUUUUAGGAAAAUACUAAAGGUUUCUAAACUGAUUUUUGUAGAUUUUUUGUAUUUUAAGGCAAAGCUAUUUUUUGCAGCUCGGCUGCUGUCCCUGGAGCGCCCCUGGGGACACCCCCGUGGCUUUCCAGGUGGCAGGGGAAGCCCUCGAUGCCCGUGGCUUCCUGGGAUGGCUGCCGAAGGAUCUGGUCCACUCCAUUUCACUGCUCCAGUCCUCUUUCCCAGGGGAGCCAGGCCUGAAUCCCAAUACUGGCUCAGCUACGCUCCCCCCGCUCGGCAUGGCCUCGGAGCUGGGCUGUAAGGCUGAGGUGGGCAGGGAUGGGGGGUCCCCCACCCCCCUUCCUCAAUACCCCACCUCUCUCCAGCUCCCCCCACCCCUCGCUGCACCUCUUAACACUCCUCCACCACUCAUUUAUCCAUACCUGCCUACCCUGCAGCAGGCUACAUGUUUUGUUGUAAAUGCUGUAUAGGAAUUUUUUCUCUUCUUUAGUUAGCUUUGGUUGGAAUUUUUGUUUGGUUUUGGUUUUUUUUUUGUCUGAUUUUUUUUUUUUUUUUUUUUUUUUUUUUUUUUUUUUUUUUUUUUGGAAGUAUGAAGAUUAACUCUACAAUGACUUGGUUGCUCUCCCCAUGGGGAGCAUUUGGUUUUGGGAACCCCACCUUGGGGACAGGUUUUUAACCAUUUGCUCGGUGUGGCAGGUCUGCAGUGCAGAAGGAGUUAAUCUGAGGACUGAUUUGAAAUAUCUUUAUUCAAGCAGGGCUAUGUAUCUCCUGCAAAGCUGCAUUACAUUCUGUACUGUGUACAAUAAAGGAUCUUGCUUCCUGUUC